GGGUUGCUGUGGAGAUCCGAGACUCUGAUAACCCCCCGUGCGCGCUGCACAAGUGGUGAAAGCCUCUCGCGCUACGUACUGGCUAAUGAUUGGCACGCUUGACAGUGAUUGGCAGGGCUGCCAUGACAACGCCACAACGACACCAAGAAGACCAAUAGAAAAGGGAAACAAAAUGUUUCAAUGCUACACUCAACGGCGGAUUUAGGGGGGAGAUAUUAUGAGGCUGGUGUCAUUAGGCGAUAGCCAUUGAAUCAUUCAAGCUUUUUUUACUCGCCGUAUUUUUCGGGUUUUUUCCCCCCUUUUUCUCGGUAAUUUUCUUUCUCUCUCAGGUCAUUUCCAUGGUUUUCAGAUCCCCUUUAGAGCUUUAUCCCUCCCAUUUCUUCCUGCCUAACUUCGCUGAUCGCCCACUGCUGCUGGCGAACAGCGCUCCCGCCGCCAGGUCUCCAGAAGACUUGUCCAUGUUUCAGCUACCGACCCUCAACUUCUCCCCGGAGCAGGUGGCGAGCGUCUGCGAGACGCUGGAGGAGACCGGGGACAUCGAGCGGCUGGGCCGCUUCCUCUGGUCCUUGCCGGUGGCUCCGGGAGCGUGCGAGGCGAUCAACAAGCACGAGUCCAUCCUGCGCGCCCGCGCCGUGGUGGCGUUCCACACGGGGAACUUCAGAGACCUCUACCACAUCCUGGAGAACCACAAGUUCACCAAGGACUCGCACGGCAAGCUGCAGGCCAUGUGGCUGGAGGCGCACUAUCAGGAGGCCGAGAAGCUGCGCGGUCGUCCCCUCGGACCUGUCGACAAGUACCGGGUGCGGAAGAAGUUUCCGCUGCCUCGGACCAUCUGGGACGGGGAGCAGAAGACGCACUGUUUCAAAGAGCGGACGCGGAGCCUGUUGCGGGAGUGGUACCUACAGGACCCGUAUCCGAACCCGAGCAAGAAAAGGGAACUGGCUCAAGCCACUGGACUCACUCCUACACAGGUCGGGAACUGGUUUAAAAACCGGAGGCAAAGAGACAGAGCAGCGGCGGCCAAAAACAGGCUCCAGCACCAAGCAAUAGGACCGGCCGGCAUGAGGUCCCUCUCGGAGGCCGGACUCACCCCUCACAGCUCGGCCGAGUCGCCCUCGACCGCGGCCAGCCCCACUACCAGCGUUUCCAGUAUGACAGAGCGAGUCGACACUGGGACGUCCAUCCUGUCCGUCACAUCCAGCGACUCGGAGUGCGACGUAUGAUACGGCGAGGAGGAGGAGGAGGA